CCCAAGGGACGCGGCCAAACAGGACACCCGGUCAGCCGCCCAUGUUGCGCACGGCGAUCGCCGCGGAGGCCCGGCGGCGCAUCUCCCUUGCCCCGGCAAGAUUCGCGCACGAGCUCGCGCAGGCGCAGGCGCAGGCGCAGGCCCAGACGGCCGUCCCUGAGCGGGGCGGCUUUGAUCCAUCGUGGGCCCCGCUCUACAGGAGAAUCUCGAGGCUGUACGGCAGGCCGCCGGGAAUGGUGGCGGCGGAGAUGGACAACUAUCUCCGCAAGCGGCGCCCGCUCUCCGCGGACCAGAUCGUCGCCUACGUCCGGAAGCUCCGCAAGUUCAAGAGCAACGCUUGCGCGCUCGAGUUGAUGGACUGGAUGGAAUCUCGUGGAGCAAAGUUGAUACCUGGGCAUCAAGCGCUGCGGCUUGGCCUGGUUUCAAAAGUGCAUGGGAUACAGGCAGCUGAAGAAUAUUUCUGGAGCCUUCCUGAUAAGUCAAAGAAAACUUAUUCAUCUUUGCUUAACUGCUAUGGUGAACACAGAAUGGCAAGCAAAGGUCUGGAACUCUAUGAGAAGAUGAAAGUCAUGGACAUUGUUCCAAAUACACUGUUGUACAACAACUUGAUGACUUUGUACCAAAAGGCGGGCCAGCCAGAGAAAAUCCCCUCCACAUUUGAAGAAAUGCGAGAAAGUGGUAUAAGUGCUAACAAUUUUACAUAUUGCAUAUUGAUAGAAAGCUAUGUUACAAUGAAUGACCUGGAGGCUGCAGAGAAAGUCCUGGAAGAAUUGCAGAAGGUGGCUCCAGUUCACUGGUCCUUGUACACUAUGAUGGCAAACAAUUACCUUAAACAAGAGCUGUUUGGAAAGGCAGAAGUGGCCCUAAAGAAAGCUGAGGAAGUCAUGGAUAAAGCUGAGUUGUUGUCCUGGCAUUUCCUCAUCUCUUUGUAUGCCCGUUCUGGCAAUUCAACCGAGCUUAAGAGGAUCUGGGAGUCUUUGAAGUCCACAUUCAAGAAAUGCUCGAACAAAAACUAUCUUGUGAUGCUUGAAGCUCUGAGUAUGAUUGAUGACCUUGAGUCUUUGCAGCAAAUCUUUCAGGAGUGGGAAUCGAGUAAUGAACAUUACGACAUGAGGAUAACAAAUGUCAUGAUCAAAGCUUACCUUGAUAAGGGCAUGAUAGACGAAGCUGAGGCUAUCCGUCAGAGCACCAUGUCUCAGGGCCAUUGCAACGGGAGGACGGUUUACAUGUUUGCCGAGUUCUAUUUGGACAAAUCUGAUGUUACCGCGGCACUGGAGAUCUUGAGAGAUGCAAAGAAGAUGCUUACGGCACACAAAUGGGUGCCAUCGGAAAAGCUUACGAGCAGAUUUCUGAAGCACUAUGAAGAGUCAAAGGAUGUUGAUGGUGUGGAGUCUUUCUGCGAGUGCCUGAAGAAGCUCGAAUGCCUUGAUGCGGAAGCUUAUGAGGGCAUGGUGCGGACCUAUAUAGCUGCAGGUAGAACCAACCCAUCCAUUGCUCAGCGCAUCGAAGAUGAUGGGAUUCACGUUGGCCCUGAGACGACGAAAUUGCUGGAGCGUGUUUCCGGCAAUUGAAACUGAGAAGGAAAGAAACUUUGUACUUAACCAGUCGAUUGCAGUACCCAGGUAUUCUCUAAUGUUUAAUGUUGCCGACCAUUCGUGAAGAGGCGCAAGGAAGCGGUGAGUGAUUUCUGAUAUAUUGUUUGUUUGCGCCAGGUAGUGUUUUUUUUAGGGAAACUGGCUUACAUAAUUAAUCAACCAUUUGGGGUACAAUGCAAUGUCGGGCGAAUGUAAGAGCUAGAUUUUGGCCAGUUUUUCUGUAUUUGAAAGCUUACCAACAAGACUCAAAGGCCUAGAUAAUAUAAUCUCGCGGUGGUUGUUUGUCUAUCAGGAUUAAGUAUCAGCACCAAACUUGUAUAAGCUGCAGUUGGAAUUGUAUCUUUUUUAUUCCUAGUGACAGCGGUUAACUGAUAAAGAGACAAAGAGAUGUGCUCCCUGUUAUGAGUCUAUAACUGUAAUAAUUUCCAUGUAACUCUGCAAAUUCAGAAAUAAGGUUUGUACUUGAUACUUACAACUUGUAUUUGAGAAAAAAAUAGCUCGAAGUUGUGUUGAA